AAUGGCAAUAUGUGCGGGAGAAGUUGAAACGGAACUUUCUAUGAUAAAAUGAGAGAUGGAGAUGUGGGUAGGGACCACCCCCCAUACCUGUUACAGCCACAAAUGUUACACACCUUGACUCCCCAGGAGUGCUAUUCAAAAGGAUUAGAACCUCGCAACAUGCCACUGAGAGAUAAUGAAGAUUUUUAAAACCAAUUUUAAACAGUGGAACAAUUAAUUUCCCACAGCGCAGUAGGUAUACUGUUGAGUGUUGGGAAGUAUACAGGAUAUUCUUACAUGUCCCUCCUAUUAUCUGAUUGUCCCUCUGUGUUGUCAUCAUUGUACCCCCUUUUCCUGUUUAUGAUAUCCACUCCACAUGCCUUGCAGGGUCUGAUUGUAUACAAAAGAAAUUUUACAACAUCUGUGCUGAUGAUGUGUGUUUGUGAAAACUGACCCAAAAUCUCAACAAUGCCAAAAAAUUAUCACAGGCGAAUGUCCGUGGAGAUGGACAAGGUUUCCAUGAAUGCGCAGCGAAUUCAGCAGAGAAGGGUGUCAGUGGAAACGGAGAAUCCGUCCUUGGGUGGAUACCUCUCUCGCCGGCGGUGGUCCUCAGACUCCAUACACCACUUUACUGAAGCAUUGCAUCUGUCCUUCCACUGGAAGAGGCGGACCACCCUCCCAGUGGUGACCCUAGGGGCUGAGGGUGAGGUAACACCCCCACCCCUCCACCAUAAGCAUGGACACACCCACAGCAGUUUUAUGAGCUUCACGAGGACUGUGUCUGCGACUCUACGGAAAAGGAAGAACCCUAUUCCUGCAUUGGCGGUUGUGGUUUUAGAAGAUGGAGUAGUUGAACUGUUGAGCAGUGAGGAUGGCGGCGGGUUGAGGGACCUGCUCACGCAGGCCAGCAUGGACUACCGAAUCAGCAGCUACCGCCUCAUCAUGGACUCCACACGCUCCAUCCUCAACUCAGACAGCAGCUGUGGGUCCCCGCCCCUCGACUCUGGCCUGGAAGAUGUCUUUGAGGAGCUGGCAGAUGGCUUGGAUUACCCCAGAGCAGUUGAUGCUCGACAUGAAAUGGUCCAUGAUUUGCUGAAGAGUGAGAGAGAGUACGGCAAGAGGCUGAGGAGCAUACUGGACACUUAUGCUGAGCCCCUGAGGAAGUUUUCGUCCCUGACUCCAGAGGACCAUCGUGUGCUGUUUGUGGGCGUGGAGCCCAUCCUGUCCAUCAGUGCAAUGAUUAGUACCAAGCUUGAAGAUACACUGAGAAGUUGGGACCAAAAAUCUUCACAGAUUGGAAGUCUGUUUAAUAGCAAGCUGUGGACCGUUUACGAGGAGUACUGCAACAAUUAUCACAAGACCAGACAGUUGUUGGAUGAGAAAUACACAUCUGACGAUUCGUUCGUUGAUUUCUGCAACCUACGACGAGGGUCCUCGGCCUAUAGCUUGGACACACUGCUUCAUCUUCCUGUUCAGAGAAUCCCAGAUUAUGAGAAAUAUUUGAGCGACCUUCUAGAAGACACAGAUCCUCAGCAUCCCGACUAUGAGGACCUCAGCAAGGCAGCCAACAGGGCCAAAACUAUGGUGAGAGAGCAUGAGGAUGAACUUGGGACAAAUAACGACCAAAUCAAAAUGGAUCGAAUUCAACAACGGUUUCCUAAUGAUGAUCUUCAGCUCAGGGAUAAUACACCACCAACUACUCGCAGCCUGUCGGCUAGAAGAAAGUCCGCCCCUGGUGCUGUCCUCUUCAAGACUCUGGGAAAGAACCGCAGUUCUUCCAACUUGUGGUCCAGUAGCUCCAUGGGCAAGAAGGAGAUGGAUUUAGUGACUCCCCUGAGACACGGCGGAAACUCACAUCGACAGUUCAUCCUAGAGGGCCAUGUGGAAUUUGCUCAGGGAAUGCAAACACAGGACAGGUACUUGUUCCUCUUCAACGACCUGUUGCUGGUGGCCAAGCAAAAAUCCAGCACAACUUUCAAACUUAAGCACAGAAUCCGAGUCUGUGAGUUGUGGCUAGCUACAUGUAUAUAUGACGUAUCCGAGGCGACGCUUCCCCCAGACAAGUCUUUCGUCCUUGGAUGGCCGGUCACCAAUGUCGUGGCGACAUUCAAGUCAGUGGAGCUCAAGGAACUCUGGCUUAACAAGCUCAAUGAAACAAUUGAGUUGGAGAGAAUGAAGGAAGCCAACAAGACGGUGAAGGUCAAAGUCCACAGUCGCGACCUGGACCAGACAUGCACUCUCCAGAUAGACAAUCAUACAACAGCCAAAGAUCUUCUGUCCCAGUGUAUCGGCAAGUUCCACAUCACGGAGUCUGAGGCCAGCGCAUGUCAACUGUGGGUCAAGACAGGGAAGGAGGAGAGCCCCUACCCCCUCAUAGGACAUGAAUUACCGCACAGUAUAAAGUUUAGCCAGUUGAGGGACCUCGCUAAAACGGACGAUCCAAUGGUUUCUUUGGAUGGAAUGGAGCCAGAGGGGGAGGGGAAAUCCUCUGAAUUCAUCCUCCAGAACAGACUGAAGGGAUCCAAGAAACACAGCUUUGAUGAAAGCAAUAAAGGAAACAAAUCCAAGAGUAAGAAGUCUCCCUUCAACUUCUUCAAGAGAGGGAAGGAUGACAAGAAUAACAACACCACCCCUCCAGGGAAACUCUUCGGGCAUCCUCUCCACGAUGUCAUGCUGGAUGGCCAACUUCCCAAGGCGGUGAUGGAGCUGAUGAGACUUGUGAUCAUCAAUGGGCCUUAUACUAAAGGAGUGUUCAGAAAGUCUUGUAAUGUGAAGCUGGCCAAGGAAAUCCAUCAGAAGCUGGAUGAGGGUCUGGACUGUGUAGAUGAGGAAACCCCCACACUGGUAGUGGGACACUUACUCAAAGAAUACCUCAGGAAUUUACCCCAUUGUCUGCUGUAUGAGGAACUUUAUGAAGACUGGAUAAGCUUAAGUGAAGAAGAAAACACUUCACAGAAGCUGGAAAAAGUCAAAGGGCUGUUGAACCGGCUGCCUGAGGGACAUAGGGAGCUCCUGAAGCACCUGCUGUGUGUGCUAUACCACAUAGACAAGAACCACAAAGAGAACAUGAUGACCUCCUACAACCUCUCCGUCUGCAUCGCCCCCAGCAUCCUGUGGGCCAAGCAAGGAGAUGACCCGGUGAGGGCCCUGGCCAUGGCCAAGUCCCCCCAGCUGAUUGUGGAGUACCUCAUCAACAACUGUACGGAGCUGUUCGGAGACGAUGUCAUCUUCCUGUUCGGGGAUUUGUUGGAGCACAAGAUGCGCCAGGAUUCUAGCACGGACUCGGAUAGCAUGCACAGUGUGCUCAGCAUGCCUGACUCAGCAAUAGGUUCCUGUGCUUUUACAGGUGGAAGUAUCAUGCGGCAUGACGAUUCCUCUGUCGACAGCCUGGACAGGAUCAUGUGCUUUGACGACUCCAGUCCAAACCUGGCCAAGAGCCACAUCUCUCCCUCUAGUCUCAGCCGUGACUCUGGGCUGUACAGUUCACAGGAAAAUCUGGACAAUGGUAGCAAAAACCGGGUGAACACCACUCUUGUCAAGUCAAGAAGUGGCUGUCACUUGUACUUUGAAGAUGAACCUGUGACUUACCCAUCCGAGAUUAACGGUCCCUUAACGAGAUUAUCUCGAGAUCGCGAGAGCAGACUACAGAGACAGAAAUCUGUGGCUGAGAGUACACCGCCCACCUCACCACAGUCCAAACUCUCCUACAGUUCAUUAGACAGUUCUCUAACAGACUCCAUGGGUUCCUUUAUGAAUCGUCAGUUCAGCAAGGACACAGACAAUAGUGAUCAGUGGUUCACCGCGGACGAAAGCUUUAGGGAAUCGUUUGAUUCUGCUCGUGACUUCAAGGAUGAUUCAUCUAUCAACUUCCAAAGAUCAAACAGUGUGAGUGCUACAAUGCAAAAAUCAGUUAAAAACAUUCAGUACUUAGUGUCCCCUCCUGUUUCACCGCGAAGCAAGCGAAAGUCCUCUAGCAUGGACUUACAUUUGAACUUGUCACAAACCAAAUCCUAUCCGUUACCUCGUACUUGCUUUUCCCAGGAGAAGCUCUCCGACCCUACGUCAGCUCGCUAUGGACAAAGUGCUAUGGAUUUGUCACAUUCUAGCAAUCCACUAAAACAGCUUUCAAGAUACUCUUCCCAAGGGCAGGGGACCUCCCCGCCCCCACAUGUUGUGCUACAGCAACACAAGUCUGUACAAAAACCCACCCAAAACACUCCAAUGCGUGCCAGUUAUGAUAGUGCUAUUAUAUCUCAGUUUGACAAAGACACCUUUAAAACAGAGAUGCAUGUUACCAAACAUGUGCCUACACCAAAAAGUGAUAGUGACAGUGAUGUGACCUUGACAAACAACUCAGAUAGUCCCGCUGUGUCAAGGCCAGAAAAACCACCCUCAUAUGACGAAGCGCUUAGAAGGAAAAACAGAAUCGAAAAAGGACUUCCAUUGGAAACUCUUUCUGAACAAGAUAUUCAAAAAGAAAAAGAGAGACAACAGCGUGCCAAAAGCCUAUACAAGGAUUCGAUUCGUAAAAUGGAACUGGAAUCAACCUAUAAACGACAGUCAUUUGGUGAAACAUCAUCAGAGAGUGAAAGUGAAAGUGCUGAAGAGGAUGUAUACGUUUCUCUUAAGAACCCAAAGAAAAUCUAUGAGGAAUCAAUGAAACUGUUUGAGGAACAAGCUCAAAGAACUCCUCCUACACAUUACGAAAACAAAAACAUUUCAAAUGUGAGUGCCACAAAUAUACAGAGAAGCUCCAGUGACUCUGCAGAGUAUUUGAACAAAGUGGGUGUGACCUCCAAACACCGAGAUCCCUCACCCAAUUACCGUGUCACUUCCUCCCAUAGAGACUCCUCCCCUUCUGCCACAAGGCUGAGUCAUUCCUCAUCCAGUGUGUCAAACAGUUCAUCUGAGACUGUCACUGACUCGAGACAGAGUUCACCGAAUCAACGAGAACGCUCAGAGUCGAGUCCAGUCAUUCCUCGCCAUCACUUCCCAAAGACAAGCGCUUUAAAAUUCAAAGCCAACUAUGGACAAAUAGACAGUGCUCAAUCUUCAUCAGCCAUUCAUAGUGAACAAAGUGUAAAUAAUUCUCCUCUGACCAGAGAUAGCAGCUCUGUGAAUAAACCAUCACCCAGAGAAGUGACUAAAUCUGUUCCCAAACUAGAAUCCAGUGUUCAGACUCCUAGUUCAAAUAGUAGUACUCUGAUUCGAGAGAAGCGUUUGGUGAAAUCUCAUGACUUUGUGGACAGUUCUCCGAGGACAGUGUCCCAGGAGUCACCCAGAAAGAACCUUACAGUGUUGUCCAAAUCAAGAGACUCAACUGUAAUCACCAACCAUAGAGAUCUAUAUGCAAGGUCGAGUACCGCUCAUAAUCGUUUGUCUGCCAGUCUAGAGUUCAGCACUAGAGACACUGAGAAAUCACAGAGAAAGCAAGAUCUUCCCUGGAGUGUGAAAUCGCUGAAGCAAAUCUAUGACAAAGAUGGACCCAAGCCAUCUGGUGACAAUGUCAAGGACACUGGUGCUCGUCCCCCACCCCCUCCCUACCAACCUCCCCCACCUUUUCGACGACCGGACUCUUCGAGAUUAAGCCAGUCCAGUCAGAGUAGUGUAGGGAGUGGGAGCACGGGGAGAAGCACCCCACCCAGCAAAGGGCUACCCACCCACCGGCGAUCAGGGGGCCCCCAGGCCUUCAGUUACAGAACAGAGGAGGAUCCCGAUAUCUCAUACGUUUAGUGAUCACAAACUCAAUCAAAAUGUAGCGUCACUUGUUUCACUGCCAUGCAGUUCAUGUGUUUACAAAUGAUUGUCAAAACAGGCAGCUUUUGUGUAGUGAGAGGUGUCAUGCAGGGAGACCCCUUUAGUGCUUAGUUCUUCGUGUUAAAUCUUGAGGAAUGAUUGUUGACUGUGAUGUUUCAGAUCAGAACUGACUGGUUUCAAAAUUCAGGGAAAUUGAUGAGAUAAGGCAAUACUGAUAAUGAAGUUCUGUUUGUUUUUCUGCGUGUUUACAGAUUGUGACUGUUCUGGUAUUGAUAUUAGGGUUUUUUGACUUAAAAAUCUGUUUAUUUUUUAUUGGAAUACUCUGAACAAAUUUGUAAAUAGUUAUCAUUUAUACCAAAUUACCUCAAAAACUGUAAGCUUAUUUACACUUGAUAUCUAUGUUAUUUCCUAUCGCUUGAUUAUUAACAUUGUUAUACUUGCAAUAACUCAACACUGGGAAUAAAGUGUUCAAAGGGGGAAAUUUCAUUGCAUGAUUGAGAGAGUGCAAGAGAAAAAGUGUGAUAAUUUGUAAAUACAAUAUAAUUGUACAUAGUGUAUUCUUGCCUGUCACAUAGUUGAAGGUAGAAUAACAACGAAUAUUUAUUUUUAUGUAAAAUAGUUCUCCAGUUGUACAUUUGUUAAACCAAGUGCCAAUAAUCAUUUUGUAGAUACAUGUAAAUAAUUCGUAGAAUACUGGUGCUUAAAACUCUAUGCAACAUUCAACAGCAUUUAUCAAUCAUUGUGUGUUGUUACCAUGGUUACCACCCUUUGUCAACUGUAGUUGUCUCUUCCUUGUCAAGGAUUGACUUGUGCUACUUAACUAUCACUUUUAUAAGAGAAAGAACUGUCUUAUUAUUAGCUUUUUUGAAAACAAUUGCAGCAAAACAAAGAAGUACAAUUGUUAAUGAAAACGCAGCAAUAAGAAAACAGAUUUUUAAUGAGAUGAACUUUAACCUUUGCUAUUUUUAUAUUUUUCAUAACUUUUAAACUUGUCCUGUGUCCGAGUACCAGUAAAGAAUUGUCCCGUUGUCAUAGCAACAUGCAAUAUAUGUGUUUUAUAUGUACCUCAUAUUAUGUAGGUCGAUUCAGUGACCUGUUUAUUAUUAAUAUGAUCAAAAUUAAAAUAUACUAAAAAUGAA